CCUCCGUAUCUCUCUCUCCUUCUCUUCUCCACAUCUCCGCCAAUCAUGUUCUCUCGCAUGGGCCACGUAGCUCGCCGGGUGUCCGCUAGGGUUGUGGCGGUGCCUGCCGCCCAGGCGUCCACUGCUGCUCGCCGUAGUGUCGUGUCCCGGGGGGCUGGCUUGAGCGGCGGAGUAUCAGCAGCCGGAGUGCUCGCGGUCGCUGCUGCGGGCGCUGUCGCCUUGGCCAGCGAGAGGCAGCAGCAGCAGGAGACGGCGCUGUGCGCCGCUCCGGCCUUCAAGUACACUGGGGAGCCCGGCACCGCGCACGAGCGCUCGUUCAUCGCCAUCAAGCCGGACGGGGUGCAGCGGCAGCUGGUCGGCGAGGUCAUCUCUCGCUUCGAGAAGAAGGGAUACAAGCUCGUGGCCAUGAAGAUGAUCUGGCCAACCAAGGAGAUGGCCGCCAACCACUACGCCGACCUGUCAAAGAAGCCCUUCUUUUCGGGCCUGGUGGACUACUUCUCGAGCGGACCCAUCGUGGCGAUGGUGUGGGAAGGGCCCGAGGUCAUCUUGACCGGCCGCAAGAUGCUCGGGGCAACCAACCCCAACUCGUCCGAGCCAGGAUCCCUCCGCGGAGACUACUGCAUCCGCGUGGGCAGGAACUUGAUCCACGGCAGCGACGGGGGCGAGAGCGCCCAGCACGAGAUCGGCAUGUGGUUCACUGAGGAGGAGUGCUCCGCGUGGCCGCGCACGCUCGACGCCUGGAUCGUUGCCGACAAUUAACCUGAGUGCUCUGUCCGCUCCUCGUGUUGACAAAUUAGUGCAAGGGUUUUUUGUUAUAUCUUGUGGGAACAGUUUUGACCAUCGGUAUAUCUACGUGCAUACACGAAGAGGGUUUUGUCCCUGAGGGACAGUUUUGGCUGGCGGUACAUCUACCUACAUGUAGACUACCGGGGUCGGUUGUAGUCUACAUGUGCCUGUGUCACACCGUCUCUCCGGGGGUAUGUAUAGCGUCGAGAUCGUAACACACGGACAUAUUCAUCAUGCCGGUGCGGGAUGAGAAAGGAAAGUUGACUCUCGAGACUGGCGGCCUAGACAGACGAGAAAGAAGAGCCGCGGGAAAAAUACGCGGGAUGGAUCCGCGGGACAAAAUCAGCAGGACAAAGCUUGCCUGUCUGUGUUGCGUGUCUCCAAUGUUGGUUGCGUUUGGCUGUGUUUGGAUGGGCUCUAGCUGGUUGGUCAAAGGGGUGGGUGGGUGCAGCAGUAGUGAUUAUUAUGAUUUGUUGUCUAACCUUACCAUGCAGCAGGUAGUAGGUCCUAGAGAACUGUUGGAUGUUGAUUUCAACACUUACUUCGAGAAGAUGACAAGGCAGACGCUCUAGAACUUGUCAUGCUUGUUUGGGAUGUAUUCGCUCCUCGGAUUCCUGUGGUGGUUUGUCUUGAUGAGUGUUGGUGGAGAGCUAUUACUGCUACCGCUGUUGUACUUGGGGUGGAACUCCACGGGU